AUGCCACGAGAAGAUGCUCACUUCGGUUACCCCAGGAAGGAGCACAGCCACUCUUACAUCACCACGGAGGAGGCCGCAGGGAUUGGCAUUCUGAUUGUGGUCCUGGGAAUUGCUCUGCUCAUCGGCUGCUGGUACUGUAGAAGACGAAGUGGAUACCGAACCUUGAGGGACAAAAGGCUUCAUGCAGGUCCCCGGAGUCCCCGGAAGGAAAGCUGCCCUGGUGAGCAAUGCUCAUGUGAUGGUCUUGGUCUUCAGGAUAGCCCACUGCCUUUUCAAGAAAAAACCCAUCAGCCUGUGGUUCCCAAUGCUCCACCUGCCUAUGAGAAGCUCUCUUCGGACCAGUUGCCACCACCGUAUUCACCCUGA